AUGAUAUUCAUUGAAGAAGGCUCUAGAAACUACAGCAUUCACUCCCUUGGGAAUUCUGGCUAUGUUCCUGUCACCUCACCCAGUGCUCUCUGCUCCACUGAAGUGAGCUGUGGAGAUGCCCUAUACUCUCCCACUAGCAGCCUGGGCAGCAACACACUCCAUGACAACUGCCAUGAACCAUGUAGGGAGCCUAUGAGCUGCAAAGCAACCAGUUGUGAAAAUCAUUCCUUUAGUGCCACUGUUUGCUCUCCAAUCAAAUCUGAUGUAUCCAGACCUGUUCAAGGAACAGGCUGUUUUCCUAUCAUGUCUCAUGGUUCCUGGUCCUGCCAUCCAGUAUCCUGUAGACAACCUUUAAGCUUUUAUCAUUCCUUUGACUGUCAACCCCCGAACUACUUCUCUUAUGAUCAUCAACCCCUGAGAUACCUACCCUAUAAUCGGCAGCCCCUGAGCAAUCUGUCUUAUAACUAUCAACCUCUCAGCUACAUGUCUAACUGCUACCGACCCAUCAACUAUACAUACAGCACUUUUCAUCCAUAUUCUUGUUCCUUCAGUGGUUGGUAG